AUGAAUGGAUACACAUUCAUCCACUCUGGAGCAGUGGGAAAAGAACGUUCAAGAGCGGCUCACGGAGCAGCUGUGUGCCUGGACCCAAAAGCAUCUCGUGCUUGGAGAAAUUCCGGCUCCAUUUGGAAAUCAGUCAACUCGAGGAUAGUAACUGUUCGCAUUAAAUGUCAGCCUAUACCGAUUACUGUUAUAGCCGUCUAUGCACCAGUGAACCCCUCAAAUGGCUUAAAAGCUUAUGUUGAGGCCUGUGAUGAGUUUUAUAAAGCUCUUCAAUCAUCAAUUGAUAAUACUAAUAAAGGCAAUAUCAUAUUGAUUAUGGGUGACUUCAACGCUAGAGUAGGAGUAGAACAGACUAGCUCAGCUCAGAGCGUAGUUGGUAAACAUGCAGUUGAUAAGCAGAACCAAAAUGAUCGUCGACUGGUUGAUUUCUGUCUGUUCAAUGGAUUCGUGAUUACUAACACAUUCUUUCCUCAUAAACCAGUGCACCAAACAACGUGGAUGCACCCGAAAACUAAACAAUGGCACAUGCUUGACUAUGUACUUGUUAAUCGUAAAUUUCGAAAUAGUAUCCAGGACGUUCGUGCUCAUCGAGGCGCAACUGGCGGCAUUGGGACGGAUCACCAUCUUUUAAGAGCUAAAAAUACUAAAGAGUGGUUCACACAAGAAAUAGCUGAUAUCGUGGACAAAAAAGCUAAAGCUUAUGUACAAUGGCAACGUCAUCGUGGUACAAUGGAUGAAAAUAAAUAUAGGAAUCAUUAUCGAACGUUGGCUAAGACAGUUAAAAAUAAAGUAGAGGCUAGACAACGAGAAUAUUGGGAAGAAAUAAGUGUUGACAUCGAAAAUGCAGUGAAAGACCACUACCCAGCAGCUGCAUUUCAAAUUAUACGACGCCUGUGUGGUAACGGCAUGAAUACGGAACACAUAGCGAUUCAUGAUAAAGAUGGAAACACAUUAACGAACAGUGAAGACCGAUUAAAUAGGUGGAGAGAAUAUUUCGAUGAAAUGUUCAACCUAAAUACAGUGGUUGAUGAACAAAAUAUUACAAAAAAUCCCAAAGCCAAUACUAGAUCAAAAGGAACUCUCUCAUCAGGAUGCUGUACCGACUAUUAG